CCGCCGAUAACUGGAACCUCUCUGUCGAUAACCACCAUCCUUUCGGUCCGCCUGCCGCGACGACCUCCUUUGCCGCGCUUUGACCCAAGUCUCACGAAUUUACUCAGCUUUUACGCAGACAGCGACCAUCUCAUUGCUCCCCCGGGUUUUUCGAGAGCCCUGUCCUCGCUCCAGCGAUACAUACCCCUCGAACAGUCCCAGCAAUCAACAGCAGCAACAGCAUCAGCGACCUCCGCAGCGCAGUUCUCCGAAUUCGAACCAGCUUAAUAUCCUGCACCUUCACCAGCAGCCUUUCUGUGACCCACCGAACCCGAAAUCGACAGAUAGGCUGGACCUACGCUGUGCUCCUCCGCCCAUACAUCACCAUCUCCAUCACCGACUAGCGCAGCGCUACACGCCCCCCUCAAGACCCACGAACGACAGUCAGACGAAGGAAGGAAGCACAUCAAAAUGGCAACCGGAUGGAGUCUCAUAAUCGGCCUAAUCGUGGUGGUAAUCGCCGCCGUCCUAGCCUGGAUCUUCAGCCCUAAGGGCGAGAAUCAAACUGUAUUCAGAAGUACGCUCAUCUUGUCGUUUGCGUGCUGUUAUCUUAUGUGGGCGAUCACGUUCCUUGCGCAGUGGCAUCCGCUUAUCACGCCUAAGAGGGCGGAUAUGAGGCCUGAUCGGGUGCCUGAGUGAUUUUUUGGAAUUUUUGGUGGGAUUUCUGGGGAGGGGUUGGGCUUUUGGGGGGAAUUAUUGGAUUGAUGAGCGGUGGUUCUUACGGGAUUUGUGUGGAUUACGGGUG